AUGCCUCGUGCCAACGAACCAACCGCCAAGGUCUUCUACAAGGGAUCUUCUGAGGACUUUGUAGUCUUCGUCGACGGCAUUGAGAUUCUCAACAACUGGCGUAACGAUCGCUCAAUCCCACUGGCGGAUGUGGUAAAUGGCUUCAAGAUCUUUGUUACUCACAAGCACGGUGCUCAAGGUAUCAUGGACGGUGCUAGCAAGGGUAUCCUGGAGACCGAGUUCGGUACUUCGAACGAGGAUGAGUGCAUUAUCAAGAUCUUAGAGAACGGUGAAUACCAGGCUACUGUGACGAGGGAACGCCAGGAUGAUACCAAUGUCGCUAACGGCCCCGUUGGCAUUGCCCGGUGA